AUGUCCAACAACUCCGCAAAUCCACCUUCAAUUGUACUAGAUACAGUACCACCAGAAACGCCGAGAAGCAAGUCGGCACACACUAACGCAUCAACUAUUCCACAUGGGUUGAAUCGUUUGUCUACCCCUCUGUUUCCAUUUGGUUUGAGCUUUUCGCCAACUUUCAACUUCAAUACUCCUAGUGGUGUUUCACCGACAAGGUUUUUCGACUCUGCAAGGUCUACAGAAAGAGUCACCACAGAUAAGAAUAACACACCAUGCAAAGACCACUACAAGUUUCUAGCUUCACUAAACUCGGUCGGUCAAUCAGCUGAUGCUGGACAUCAGGAACAGGGCCAGGGGCAUACCCCGAAAGAUGCACGGAAUAGCAAAGACAAGGGUAAAAAGCAAGAUGGAGAUGAAGAUGAGGAUGAAGAGGAGGAGGAGGAGGAGGAGGAAGUGUGGUCGUCCAUAAACACAACUCAACAAAACCAAUCAAAUCUCACGUCCAUCCACGAGAUUGACCACAACAGUAAAAGAAUUGAGUUGGAUGAUAACGACUUCAAGAUUUUUCAAACACCAGCAAAAACAGCCGACAGCAAAACCAGUCGAUUACCAAUUAACCUUGUUUCAGCCCGAGAUAAUGUACAAUCUCUUGAAAUCAAUGAGAGUUCAGUUAAGAGAAGGAAGUUGAGCGAUAUCACAGAUACACCUAAUAACAGAAUAGCUACUACAAUAGAUUCAACGAUGGACUCACCAAUAUCUAUGAGGAGGUUGAGCAAUGCACAUUCAACCACUUCUUCCGCAGCAAGCGAAGUUUGGAGCUUGGAAUUGGAUGAUGUGUUGAUCAAAUCAUUUCACAAGUACCAAAAGUUUAAAUCAAGCGGAGCUGCCAGUGAGAUGUCCAUUCUUAAAAAGACGUCCCAGAAUAAAAUCAUUUCGCGAAUGAUUUUUAACCGAACUGGUAUCCUAAGAACUUCUAAACAGAUAUCUUCCCGGAUUUUUAGACUAAGCAAAGCAGGAAGAUUAACAAGAGAGACAAAAACUCCGCAAACCAAUGUUUCAACUAAUGAACUCGAGGAAUUGAUACGCACCCCUUUAGAGGAGUUGGUCAAUAGCCAACAAUUACCAGAGUCGGCACACACUGACGCUUUAAUCGAUCAUGAAUUAAACAUUUUGUUAACAUCAUCACCUUUGGAUGACGUUUUUGACACAACUACUUCUUACAAGCUUACCCCAAAGGAUUUUAAAAUGUGUUUUCAAGACAAUAGACAGUCAAUUGUAUUCACUCAACUUAAAAAGUGGAUAAAUUGUGAGCACAAGAUUGCGGAAAAGUUGGAUCCAGAUAUGGUGAGCAGGCUCCACAGACGAAAAAUACCGGUGUGGAUAUGUCAACAUUCACUAAAUCUACACGUUAGAGACGUAGUAACAUCCACACCGAUGCCCCAAUCAUGGUCCCCACAAUUUACAAACGUGAUGAGUAUAACUCCUUCUCGGUUCGAAUCAACAUUGACAAUAAUAGUGCAUCACGAAGGAUGUAACAUAGCGCCCAUGCUUACUUGGUACAGUUCUGUUGAGAUAUUUCAGGGUGGGAAAAAGCUACUUCUGGUUAUCGAUGUGGUUAGCGGAUACUUGAACGAAGGUUCGAAAUCAUAUACUUUGAAAAUCCCGUUUGUGAAGACUUUUUUUGCUGGCUUUUUCAACUAUUUGAUCAAUGGAUCCGCAAUAGAGUCAGAUGGUGAUAUUAAAGUCGUUCAAUAUAUCUAUCACAACACUCACGAGUCGAACUCUAACUUAGACUUGGAAAAGUCUCAUAUACAUGCUUAUUUGAUUCAUGAUUUCCAUGUGGAUGGCUCAAAGGGAGAAUCUAUUAUUACAAUUGUGAGCUCGAACAAUCUCCAGACUGCUGUCGAUUCCGACGAUAACGAAACUGUGAUUGCUGAUUCGUCCCCUCCCGGUAGAUUAUCGAGCACUCCCCAAGUACCAAUGAAAAAUAAACAAACACCCAACAAACUAAAGAUUGACAUUACCAGGGCAAAUCAGAAUCACAAUAUCAUUUCUGGACCAAUGUCCGCCCCUGUUUACAAUUCAAGCAUUGUGAACAAAUUGAAUAGGAACACUUUGAAGGAACUUCAAAAUCAGAGGAAGUUCACUCAUUUCCACCCACAACCACCACCACCACAACAGAUGGCCGAUCCAUUUACAAUAUACCAGGCUCAGUCUCAAAAUUGUCUUGGCUCUAGUUGCGAUAUUCAACAAGAUGUAAAUGGUGCUAUAAAAAACACGGGUAAUAUCCAGCUGGGUGAAUUUUAUUCAAGCGACUCGCAAGGAUUUGACAGGGUGAAUAUAAGCAUCGAUCAAUCUCAAAUGGCCAACAAUGGGUACCAAACACAAACACAGGGGCCCCUCUUUGUAGACAAUCUGGCACAACCGUCAUAUGCCCAACAUCGAUAUCAACAUCAUCGAAACCAGACUCAACAAGUGCCCCCCCAACUUCAACAUAGUGCUUCUCAAUUUCAACAAAAUGUACCCCACAAUGCCCCAUUCCCACCACCAGGUAUACCGCCAAGUGCGCUGGCAAUCACCACUCAGUUUCAAAAGGAGCCCUUGCAACCGCAGGCACCUUACCAACCAGGACCACAUCCCAGGAAUCAAUUGGCGCGCAAUUCCAACACGAUACAUCGCUCCAAACUGUAUUCACGCCUACAACCAGCCCAAACUUUUGGAGAUAAAGAGAACAAGUCGAAAGAAAUCACUUUUGGACCAAUUUUGGGUUACGAUCCCUCAAAAGAUGCUAAAACCAGCCGUGCACAAAUAAAAUCUUCUUCCAACCAAGGAAAAGGUAUACACACAUUUCCAUUGAAUGAACCAGUCAUGUACAAACCAAAAAAAUAG